UGUACUUGUACGCUGUUUUUUAAGUGUCACUGUAUCCACCAUGGCAUUUCAGGCUGUUGGUGGCUUAACUGCUUCCUACAGUAAGUAAAAGCGAAUCGCUGAUCCUGCCAGGUUUCUCUGCACUGACAGUGUGCAGCUGAGAAGUAUGAUGGUUCAGACAUUUUAUGAUUUCUCUGUCAGUCAUGGCAUUGUUCUGAAAUUUGCUCUUAACUGGUAAUAUGUGCAUGGCUGGGUUGCUAUUGCUGGACUAUUUAAUAGUAUUCCGCUUUUCAGUUUUGCUGUUAAUCGAACUCUGUUAAAUCAGGCUUGCUUCUAGGAUUAUAGUUUUAUUCUGGUGAAUGAAUGCAUUUCUCAACCUUUACCUUUUCCUCUCUAUGCAGGGACCGUGAGUACGAUAGAGACUAUGAUAGGGACCGUGGGCGUGGAAGAGAUAGAGACAGGGACCGUGACAGAGACAGGGAUCGGUAUCGUCUAAGAGACGAGAAGGACUACGGUCGCGAGAGAGACCGCGACCGUGACAGAGAAAGGGAAGGAAGGGACAGAGAGAGGCGAGGCAGGGACCGUGGUGGUGGGAGACGAAGGAGUCCAUCAAGGAGUCGGAGCAGGAGUAGAGAUCGGAAGAGGCGUAGGAGCCCCAGCCCCAGAAGGAACGAAGCAGAGGAGACCAAGAAGAAGGAAAAGAAGACGAGUGAGAAGGAGAAGAAAGAUGACGGGACGGAUCAUCCGGAUCCCGAGAUUGCAGAAGCCAACAGAAUCCGUGCAUCUCUAGGUUUGAAGCCACUGAAGUGAGGCUUUUUUCUGUUUGCUGCAAUCUUUGUCGGCAUAGUUGAGUACUGCGAUGAGUGUUUUGGUUUUCUGCUGCACAUAUUUGUAGUUUAUGAGCUUCGUCUUUAGAGUUGAGUGUUCUCUAAUUGGAUUAGAGAGAAUUGUGUUAUUGCCAUGUACCUGUGUAUCAUCCUUUACAUGUUCUAAUCAUCUACUACUGGUCACAGAAAGUCAGAAACUACUGCUAGAAAGUAGAAACAGGUUAACUUCCAAUCUGAGCUCUCCCGAAUGAGUAGUCUUGUAGCAUUGUCGUCGUUCACUCAUAGGUUCCCAAUCAUCCACCAGGAGCACUUAGCCAUUGGCUGGCACCAAAUCCAUAUUAUGGGAUGGAUAGGUUGGAUUGAAGUACGCUUACAGCAUGAUUUGAUUC